AUGGUAGAGUUAGAGUUGGGUCUUCCAGCAGAGAAUGCAAGGCCUUCUGGGAUUGCUCUGUCUCCUCUGGUCCCUCCCAGGAUCCUUUGCUUCCUGGGGAGACAGAUCCAGACCCUUCCAGAGAUGUCUGUCCAGCUGCUGGAAGAACAACUGCACAGAGCAGAGUCUGGAGAGGGCGGAGUCAAACACACACACAGGCCAACUGCCCUGUACAUGUCCCUGCUGGGUUGGUGGUGUGAGGAGGAGUGUAAGUACGGCUGUAUGUGGAGAACUGUGGAGCAGAUACAGGCUGAACCCAGGGGUGAAGUGCCGCAGUUUUAUGGAAAGUGGCCGUUUGUCCGAGUACUCGGCAUCCAGGAGCCGGCAUCAGUGCUCUUCUCCAUCCUGAACGGACUGGGCCAUGUUGUGAUGAUAGGGGUGUUCAGGAGAAGAGUGCCCAGCCAUGCUAAAAUGAACAGUGUUGUCCACUGGUUAGCUGUGAUUUCCAUCAAUGCUUGGUUUUGGUCUGCUGUUUUUCACACCAGGGACUUUUCUUGGACUGAGAAAAUGGACUACUUCUGUGCUACUUCACUAGUGGUUUUUCAACUGUUCAUGUGGUUUACCAGGUUUGGUGGUUUUAAAGAGUCCGCCAUGUUUGGGGCCCUCCUUGCAGCCCUGUUCAGCGGCCAUGUGUACUACCUUGGCUUUGUUAAGUUUGACUAUGGCUACAACAUGAUGGCCAACGUGGCAGUGGGACAGCUCAAUGCCUUCUGUUGGCUGGGGUUCGCUUUCAAAAACGUGCGACAGCGAAGGUACAUGUGGAAGUGCAUCGCCACAAUUCUGUCCAUCAACUUAUUGUUGCUGUUAGAACUGGGCGACUUUCCUCCAAUAUGGUGGACGUUUGAUGCCCACUCGCUGUGGCAUGCUGGGACAGCGCCGGUCGUACCAUUGUGGUACAGUUUCCUUAUAGAUGAGAACCUGUACUUGUUGAGAGAAGCAGAGGAGAAAGAUGUAUAGAAGACUAUGCAAGAGAUUUGGAUGUUGUCUACCCAUUUUUACAUAAUAUCAUAUAACGCUGGUUCACCUUUAUCUGAGGGUAACCUAUAUCCGUUCUUUGUAAAAAAAAAAAGCGAAUUUAGGAAUAUAAUGCGACGGACAGUGGUUUUGGAACAUUUCGAAAAUAUUGCAAAUUUGAACAACUUUCCGCAGACCUAAUACUCCUAGAUGUGCUGUUCUUAAAGGCAACGGAUAAAGGUCACCCCGCGGAUAAAGGUUAACUAUCGUUAUAUAUGCAGUGUUAUAAGCAAUCAUGAUGCAAAAAUUGAAUGUUUUCUAUGAUUUUUCUACUUGUAUAUUGUGAUGACAAUCAAAGUAAAAUGUCAACUUCAAUGUCAAGUUGAAGACUUAGUGAUAUAGUGUGUCUAUUUGACAA